AUGAAGUCACCCGAGCUGGCAAAGGCCAGUGAAGGAGAGAAGCUAAAGAACAAGAUUCUCACCCAGAGGAGAGUGGUCAUCGAGUGCUUCUUUGGUCGUUUGGUCAACCGAUAUCUCCUCUUUCGAUUCAGAUACGAGCUUGACCACAAGUUCCUCGAUCAGGACUUCUACAACUGCUGUCAAUUGACCAAUCAAUUGAUUGAAGCCAAUGCCCUGGUGGACAACGAGCACAGUAACUACCGUGGAGUAGUCUGGAGAAGGUACAGGAGAGCCAUCAAGCGAGAAGAAGAGCGAAGGGCCGCCAAGGCCAAGAGUGCAAGGGAGAUUAGGAAACGUCUAGUCGAGAAUCAGACGAAGGUGGUGGCGAAAGAUGCUUUCAGCGACUCUUCCUUUGACGACAUCCACAAUGGAGUGCCAAACGAGUCACUUGAAGAAGUUAAUGUCAACAUCUCCAACAGUGUUUGA